AUGCUGGACUACUUUGUUGCGAUUGGCGUGGCUCUCGUGGGCCUGUUGGUUGUGUAUUUCAUGUUUCAGAGCAUCAACAAAUCGGACAUCGUGGCGGUUGCGGCGCCAAAGGAGCGCAAGUCGCGCAGCCGCAAGAACCACAAGGCUCCACGCCGUGAGGACACCGAGCUCGACCGCGAGACGGAGGCCCUCAUCGCCCGUGAGGUGGCGCGUCACACCGCGUCGAUGCGCUCGGACACCCGCAUCGCCCAGCCGCCGUUGCUCGAGACCGUCCGCAAGGAGGCGGCAAGCGCCAGGGGCAAGGCAGCGGCAAGAGUCCCGGUGGAGGUUGCCGCGAAGCAGAUGCUGAUCGACAAGGAGCUGGGGUUCCAGACGGUCACCAAUCAACCCAAGGCGCCGAAGGCCUCGCCGCCGCAAGCACUCCAGUCGACAAGCGCGGACGAGGAAAUGGAUCGCAAGCUGGGACAGUUCUUCAGUAACAAUAAACGGAGGGACAAGAAGGUCUUUAAGCUCAGCUUGAAAGAAGAGAAGGCCGGUGCCACCACUGGAGCCCACGUGAUUCUGAAGAAGGAUAUUAGCAAUGCGCGCACAUGGUAG